AGUGGCGAGUGCGGCGGCUGCGGCGGGGCCACGACCCAGACAUCUAGGACUGUUGUUGUUCUCUCGCGGUGGGACCGCCUCAGUCUGGUCGCCCAGAGAGACCAGGAGCUGGUCUAGUUGGGAGCGGGGCGGCCGCGUCCCCUCUCUCUCCUGCUUCCCCAAAGCUGCGGCAGGAGCUGGCACAAACAUCCUGCGGUUGGUCUCCGAUGCCCUUCAGUGAGGAGGGGGUGUCGGGAUCCUGGUGAGCGCACGUCAAGCCCCUCCAGCUACGUGUCUUUGCCGGCCCCCCAGGCCCGCACACCCAAGUCUGGCUGCCAUGGCUGAAAACGCAGAGGGGGACCUGAACUCCAACCUACUCCACGCCCCCUAUCACACCGGGGACCCUCAGCUAGACACGGCCAUCGGGCAGUGGCUCCGUUGGGAUAAGAAUCCCAAAACAAAAGAGCAAAUUGAAAAUCUGUUAAGGAAUGGGAUGAACAAGGAGCUGCGAGAUAGACUUUGUUGCCGAAUGACUUUCGGGACUGCAGGACUUCGUUCUGCUAUGGGGGCAGGAUUUUGCUAUAUUAAUGAUCUUACAGUAAUACAAUCAACACAGGGGAUGUACAAAUACCUUGAGAGAUGUUUCUCAAACUUCAAGCAAAGAGGUUUUGUCGUGGGGUACGACACCCGGGGUCAAGUAACCAGCAGCUGCAGCAGCCAGAGGCUUGCUAAACUCACUGCUGCAGUCUUGCUGGCCAAAGAUGUUCCUGUGUACCUUUUUUCAAGAUAUGUUCCUACGCCUUUUGUACCAUAUGCAGUCCAGGAGCUCAAAGCAGUUGCAGGUGUGAUGAUUACUGCAUCUCACAACCGCAAAGAAGACAAUGGAUACAAGGUUUAUUGGGAAAACGGUGCUCAGAUCACAUCUCCUCAUGAUAAAGAAAUUCUGAAAUGUAUAGAAGAAUGUGUGGAACCCUGGAAUGGUUCCUGGAAUGAUAAUUUAGUGGAUACCAGCCCACUGAAGAGAGAUCCUCUGCAGGACAUUUGUAGGAGAUACAUGGAAGAUCUGAAAAAGAUCUGUUUUUACAGGGAAUUAAACUCAAAAACCACCUUGAAAUUUGUACAUACAUCUUUUCAUGGAGUUGGACAUGACUAUGUGCAGUUGGCUUUUCAAGUAUUUGGUUUUAAGCCUCCAAUUCCAGUACCAGAACAAAAAGAUCCUGAUCCAGACUUUUCUACUGUUAAAUGCCCAAAUCCUGAAGAAGGGGAAUCUGUGCUGGAACUUUCUUUGAGACUGGCAGAGAAAGAAAAUGCCCGGAUAGUGCUAGCCACAGAUCCUGAUGCAGACCGACUGGCAGUGGCAGAACUUCAGGAGAAUGGUGAUUGGAAAGUUUUCACAGGGAAUGAGUUGGCAGCUUUGUUUGGGUGGUGGAUGUUUGAUUGCUGGAAGAAAAAUAAAUCAAGAAAUACUGAUGUGAAGAACAUUUAUAUGUUAGCCACCACAGUCUCUUCCAAAAUUUUGAAGGCAAUUGCACUAAAAGAAGGAUUUCACUUUGAAGAAACGUUACCAGGUUUUAAAUGGAUUGGAAGUAGGAUAAAAGACCUCCUGGAAAAUGGGAAAGAAGUCCUUUUUGCAUUUGAAGAGUCUAUUGGUUUUCUGUGUGGAACUUCAGUUUUGGAUAAGGAUGGGGUGAGUGCAGCCGUUGUUGUUGCUGAGAUGGCAUCUUACCUGGAAACCAUGAAUAUAACAUUGAAACAACAACUGAUUAAGGUUUAUGAAAAAUAUGGUUAUCAUAUUUCAAAAACUUCGUAUUUCUUGUGUUAUGAUCCAACUACCAUCAAAAGUAUAUUUGAAAGGCUUCGCAAUUUUGAUUCUCCAAAAGAAUACCCAAAGUUUUGUGGGACAUUUGCUAUAUUGCAUAUACGAGAUGUUACCACUGGAUAUGAUAGCAGCCAGCCUAAUAAGAAAUCAGUGCUGCCUGUGAGUAAAAACAGCCAAAUGAUUACGUUUUCUUUUCAAAAUGGCUGUGUUGCUACUCUUCGGACAAGUGGGACAGAACCAAAGAUAAAGUAUUAUGCAGAGAUGUGUGCGUCACCUGACCAGAGUGACACUGCCUUACUAGAAGAGGAAUUGAAGAAACUCAUUGAAGCUUUGAUUGAGAAUUUUCUUGAGCCCAGGAAAAAUGGACUGACCUGGCGUUCUGUGUAGUGUUCACCAGUACGUCAUUGCUUUGCACUGGCCCAUGGAACAGAACAACCAAGAACUUCAUGCAUUGAACUCGAGUUAGCAUUCUCUCUCUGUCUCAUCUGGCCGAGUUAUCUUUUUCCUUUUACUUUCUUUCUUUUUGGUUGGCUGACUAAACAAACUGUAUACAUUUGAAAUGAAAUGGUCUGGAGAGAAAUGAUUCAAAUUUUUUCAUAAUCUUGAACAAAAGUCAUUACAUUAAAAAUUAUGGUAACACGUCGUUCUUCCUUCAACAGAAACAAAACAAUACAAAUGAGUUUUCUUAGUAAAGUGUGAUUAAGCUUAGUUCCAUAUUCUUGUAAUUGUGUAUAGCACUUUUUUUUUUAAGGCAGAUAAAUGCUAUAUAAUUGUAGAAUUAGUUAAGGAAAUUAAUCCAUAGAAUUGGCAAGAAAAUGGCACUGUUCCCAGUAUACUGUGGAAAAGUGUCAUUGUUACAUCACAGGUAUUAACUUACAAAUUAGAGUAUUUGAAAUGAGGUAUUUAGCAUUUCUAGCUUAGAACAGAUGUUACAAUAUGUGGUUUCAGCACCUUUGUUUCAGGUGCUCUUGGUGCAGUGUAAAUUUAUUGUAUGUAUUUAAAAUUCUGACAUUUACCGAACAUAAAACAGUAGUGGCAACAUUCCUAGUGGCUUGGUUCUUGUCAAAUUUCUCAGUGCCUUCUCAGGGCAUGGUUUGAAUUGAAAUAGUGUUCUUGCAUUGAAUAUAAUUUAAUCAGUUAAUUUGCAGACAGUUAAAGAAAAUCUUCCAAACUAUAUAGGUGCUUCCCCUCUAUAUCAAAUAGGUUUGUUGAUUUAAAAGUGUUAUGAAUGUAGGUAAAAAUCUCAAUAAAAGCAGGCUCAGUGUAACUGUAGUUAAGGAUCUUCAUGUUAGAAUUAUGUCAGUUAUCACAACCUCUAAGUAAAGAAAAAUAUCCAAACUAAGAAAGGAGCUGUGAAUUUAUUUAAAAGCCUAACCUUUAAACUACAUUUUUACAAGUAUAUUUAUUUCUUUAUCACAUGAAGUGAUGCUCAUUUUACUAAGAAAUAAAACAUCCAGAUUUUAGAUCUUAUGAAACACUAAAAUUACAUGUUUUAAAACUAAAGUCCAGGACUUCCCUGGUGGUGCAGUGGCUAAGAAUCCACCUGCCAAUGCAGGGGACACGGGUUUGAGCCCUGGUCCGGGAAGAUCCCACAUGCCGCAGAGCAACUAAGCCCGUGUGUCACAACUACUGAGCCUGUGCUCUAGAGCACACGAGGCACAACUAAUGACGCCCGCAUGCCUAGAGCCUGUGCUCCACAACAAGAGAAGCCACCGCAAUGAGAAGCCCACGCACCACAACGAAGAGUAGCCCCCGCUCACCACAACUACAGAAAGCCUGUGCGCAGCAACAAAGACCCAACACAGCCAUAAAUAAAUAAAUAAAUAAAUAAAUAAAUAAAUAAAUAAAUAAAACUAAAGUCCAAUUUAUCCUAAUAUCUUGUUGACUUCUGUAGAAUUUCUGAUCGCAAGAAUACUAUUUAUCUUUUUUAGUGUGGAAAAAAAAUUUUUUUGGAAGGUCAUUUUUAGUUGAUUCUGCAUCUUCUAGAAGAGUUAACAGAGAAGUGUUGUUUAAUCUUCUUAAAGUGUAUCCUAUCCUAUAUAGCUCACAGAGUACUUAGUACAUGUGGUAUAGUUAAGAGGUAACAAUAAUGAGGCCUUGGAUGUAUGUAAUUAUACUAAACAAAUUGCCUAUGGGCGAUAACUAGUAUGAGAGAAUUUAUUUCCUAAAUAAUAAUAAUAAUAUAAAAUUUGAACUGAAUAGAAUAUUUAUUAAAUCAUGGUUUGGUUUAUUGCAGCUAACAUUUGGUUGAAUCCAGAUAAUCCAGAUGUGAGUUUCAAAUUAUUGUAUUGGCACUAUUGUUAAUUUGUUCCUUCCUUACUUUCUUGUAGCUGAGUCUUGUGUGACUGUAGAUAAUAGAGCUAAAUGUAGAGCACUAUUUCUGAAUGAGUUUGUUUUCAGAGGCUUUGCACUAAAGACGAAAUGUGUAGAAUUUUUUGCUUUAUUUGCUUUUGGGAAUGUAGACUGUAAUUUAGGAAAUGGCCUAUAAUCUACAAAGUGGUAUGAACAAUGCUACAUAUAUAUAUAUAUAUAUAUAUGAAAAAUAUGUAUAUUGGGUUUUAGUAUCUGUGUUUCAGUGACUGAAGAACAAAGUUGAGCUAAAAUGAUACAAUAGCUCAUUCAUAAUCACUAAAGUCGUGUCAUACUGUCAUUCUAUUAUAAAUAGAACAGUUUUGAGUGCUUUAAUAUAAUGCAACACUUGAGUCAUCUUAAUCAAGGUGAAAAGUCAUUAAGGCUUGGAUUCUUAUCUCAAAAAUUUAAAAAUCCAAAGUUAAAAUUAACAAAAUUUUACAAAUGUUCCUGAAGUGUAUAGAUUGAGGGAAUUAUUUGAUUCUAGCCAAGCUCUCGAGUCUGUCUAAGCAUAUUUAACAAGAACUUGACAUAGUGGGUGUACACUUGCCUAACAGAAUAAAUUCAGUAGCCCCAGCCAACCAAGGGAAACAGAAGUACUGGCCGGUAGGUCUCAGCCUUAGGAUCUACAUUGUUUAUCUUUUUGUUUAUGAAUAAUAUCAUGGAAAUGAAUGCAUUCUCAUUGAGUGUGUAAAUCAAAACUGGUAUUUUCUAGAGCUUUGGGGAAAAGGAAAGAAUUAAUGGGGCAAGAUCAAAGCACUGGAAAUAAACAGUAGAAAUAACAAUAGAAAGGUCAGUAAGGUGGCACAGGAAAUGCUUCGUGUGAAGGGCAAACUUAUCACCCGAAAAGUGGGGAGUGAACUGGCUGUGGGCAAGUUGUUUACUUGUGUUUACUUGUUAUUAUGAUGAGCAGAUAGUGAUGCUUUUGUUUUCCUUUAUUAGUGACCACUAAAAAGAGACCAGGGAGGCCUUUGAGGAGGUGAGAAAAAGUACCUCUCUUACUGAUUCAGUUCCUGCUAGGAUGUUGUAUUUUAGGAUCAUAUGGGAACUGGGGAGGGGAGGAUAUAGCAGAAAUAAAAAGGAAUGAAAUAUAGACUGGGAAAUAAGAUCCAUGAGAAAAAGUUCAAAGGAUUAAGAUCAUUUAACUGUGGAGGGGAGAGAGCUGUUGAGAUAGUUUAAUAACUCUUGAGUUAUUAAUUGAAUCGUUUAUUGAAGAACUCAAAGUAGGAAGUUUGAUAAUAUGACAAACUGUUCUCCAUCUCCAUCAAGGACAGAAUAAUAGGAAAUAAGGAUUUUUUUUUAAUAAAAUUAAACAUUUUAAAAUUAAAGGGGUAUACUAAAUGGCUUUUUAAGGUUCCUUCCAAUACUGUUUUUUUUUUAAAUCUCAGGUUGGAACAAAGAUGAUGUCAUAAAGAGCACUGAAAAUAACAUUUCAGUUUCACUGCAUACCUAGAAGAAUUUAGCUCACAAGAUAGUUUUUGUGUAUGUUGAAUAGUAGAUGCAUGAGUGCAGUCUUUAUUCAUUGUAUAAAGACCUGCUUAAUUUAACCUGCAAAUUAAGUGAGACGUGAACACAAUUUUGUUCAUCUUGAAGAAUGUAUAGCAUUAUAGGAUAGUUGAGAGGUUUGUUUUAAAUAUAAAUUAUUGUUAUUUGGAUGUUGUAACUUCAGCAGACAGAAGGUUCUAAGAGGUUGGAUGCUUUGGAAUAUCUUUAUAUAGGGAAUAGACUUCCAAUUUCUUAAGCAAGUUGCUUCUGGAAUUGAUGCAACAAAGAUAUUAGCUGGAGUUUAAUGGAGAAAUGUUCUACAAACUGCUGCUAUUGGUAUUUCUCUUAGAUGUUUUCCACUGAUGUUUGUGAUGCUUGAAAAAUCCAAAUUCUGCUUGGAUAAAUUUGUUUUAUGCUUUUUUCUCUCUACCUCCCUCUUUCCCUAGGUGCCCUCCCACAUUUUGUUACUGUGAAAAGCUGUUGUCCUAUUACCUCACUGAUAAGUGAUCUUAACUGUAUUCGUUCAGAAUGCUUUAAACUUAUUCCUAAGCUGUUUUUGUUUAUGGACUUUGGGUUAUUUUGUUAUUAUUGUGAAAAUAUUUAAGACAUUGUAAGAAGUAAUUUUAAAUCUAUUGCAUAACCUUUUUUGGUUUUCUGGAUACUACUAUAUAUUAAUUUAUUAUGGCCUUUUACAAUUCACUUGUUUUCUGAAAUUGCUCUAGAAACUGAGGAAGAAAGAGUCAUACUAACCUAAAUGAAUGGUCAACUGAUCUAGCAUUCUAUUUCAGGUUUCCUUGUACUUUGGGCACCCAAAGCACAAGAUCCGAGAUAAUCUUUUUUCACAUUUGUCCCUCAAAGCAUCUUACCCUAAGCCAUAAGAAGACUAAGUGGCAAGAAGAGAGUCUCUCAUUGUCUGACUCUUUACACAGCCUGAUUUUACUCCCAGUUUGAAACAAAGUUAGUGUUUACCAUUGGUUACUUUAAAUAUUCACCAUACUGUUAUAUUCAUUAAGACAUCUGUUCGUUAAUUCACGAUUGUGUACUUAAAAAAGAGAACAUAGAAGAAUGAGUAAAGUGACCAAGAUAAGGGCAAAGUGACAUAUCUAAAGUUUGCUUCUCAAAUUUUUCCACCAGCAUAAUCCUCAAGCAGAGGAGCAUGAAUGUGUAGGGGAAGGGGCCUGAGAGCAAAAUCAGAAGCAGCCUGCCACUCAGGAAAUUUCGUGUUCUCUCUUAAAAAUGUAAGUGAAUUUUGCAUUCUCCAUAAUAAAACUGUUUUAGUAUAAAAAUGAUUCCUUCAGUCUUCAUGGAAACUGGUGCUGCCAGAAAGAGGCACCGUGUUUAUCACAUGGGCUCUCAGUUUUCUCCCCCCCACCCCCGCCCUCAGUUGCUGCAUAUCCCUGGGGGUACCGCACUGACUCUAGUGUGAGAAAUAUAAACAUAACGCAUACCAAGGAUAUUCCCUUUAGAAGCUGACUUUUGAAAGUAUUCAUGCCAAAUUGAAGUGACCUGAAACAGUUAUGUUACCACUGAACCUUGUAAUAUAGUCAGAGGUGUUGGCCAGUUUGUUCUGUUUAAUUCUUUGGCAUUCCUGGACUAAGAAGGGGCACCUGACUAUCAGCUCCCUGAGAGCAAGCAUCAUGGUUUAUUAUUUUUUCAUCUCCACACCACCUAGUGUAGUACCUGUUGUAGAGUACUUAAUGGGUGACAGUAGGAAUUAUGGGAUUUUAUUUUAAAGAAACAAAUAGUUUAGGAAACAAUCGAAAACGUUCAUUUUCUGAUUCAGCUUUUAAAACAAUUCUCAGUACUGAAGUUUGUUAAGCACGCACACCCUUAAAUACCGUUUCUUCGGAGAGAGAAGAGCAUAUUCCUAUUUCGAAAUUGUAUGUAAGGCCUAGUGUUUUACACUCAAAGCAAGAUGUUGGCCAAGAAGGCUAAGAAAGUGUCUGUGUAGACUUAAUAUCAUUAGUAUUAGUGCCAUUAUGAGCCUGCUAGGGCUGCUUUCCAAGUGAGUCACAACUAAUUUGAUACUGUUUGGUAUAUUUUUGUUCAGUGUUAUGAUUCAUCAUAUAUCUUACAGGAACCACUCAAACAAGAGUUGCAUCUGUAUAUGAUGAGGCCUUGUGUUAUAGGCUAAAACAAACUCUUUGUAUACAUCAUUGAAUAUGCCAGAUAAAAUAUAUGCAGUUAAGAAUUAUUUAUUUUUUUGUGUAGCGGUAGUUCAGAAUUGUGCCCUUGUUUUAAUAGUUUCUGUCAACAUCUCGUUUUUCCUUGCAAAAACACCAGGGUGUAUCAUAAGUACUGCCUAUGAGAAUUUGCAUUUAAGUAUUUGUGUGUGUGGUUUUCGUGUGGUUUUAGCCAAAUGAAGUGUUAUCAGUAAUAAACAGGUCUCUUCAUA